GCGACCGAAACGUCGCAGCGUAAACACGAGAUUAUGAGCCCUCCUCCACGAGCGGCUGGCAAGCACACGAGCGACGACGACGGUUACAGCGGCUUCUAGAGGUGUGUACUAAAGGAAGAGUGUGCGACCGCGAAGAAGAAGAACAGCGGGGUUUUCGGGUGAUUACGCCCCAGUGUGACGAACUCGAGGACCCGCGUAGCGUGCACACCUUGUCGAAGAAGGACCUCCGCGCGUAACGGGAAUAACCCAGAAGGGAAAGCUCGGGCGCGCGAUACAGUGAGUGUGCUCGGGUUUGGUGACCUGACGCACAACAAAGACCCAGGUGACCUCCGGCUUGACACACAAAGGAAUACACCGACGUCGAGUCAAGUGUGUACACACGAGCGAAGAAGCUAUUUUGUUCUUGGAAUAAUCGUGGAAGAAUACGUCGAGACGCACGGAGUGUGGUGUGUUCACCUAAUGACAAAAGCCUGUUUAGACAACGAAGCAACCAUCACAACAACAACAACGAAGAAUCGUUUCUGAGGUGAUCUCGCGGAAAAAUUGUGUCGAGAGUGUGAUCAUCUUCUAGGACAGAGUCGCGGGUGGUAGCGCGUUGUUAGGAAGUGCGUAGUUAAAAAUGAAUCCCUUUGGAAACGUUAAACACUGCUGCUGCUAGCAAGUACCGGAAUCACCCAGUUAGUGAAAGUGCUUUAAGUUCUUGUUGAGUUUUUUCAACUUCCUCAGAAUAUACCUCGCAACGCGUACAAUGAAAAAGUUUACAACUCGGAAGGAUUUAGUCGGUGCAGUUAACCAGUGAGAUUAGAGUGUUACAAGUGAAGAAGAUAGAGAGAGAGUUCUGCAAGCAGAAGCAAAACAACGAUUCCAAAUGUUGUCUUGUCUGGUGCCGCCACGGUUCGGACAAGAAGACAGUAUCAUGCCGUCAUCAGCCAAGUUUGCCCUGCAGUUUCCAGCGCUGGCAUCCGGCCUGCCGAAGGAUGACGAGAGCAGCGGUACCCCCCAGACGGACUGCUUUCUCCAGUGUCCGCAGUGCCACCAGACGGUGCAGGGAUUUCAGGCCCUUAAGGACCACAUCGCGGCGGUGCAUCCAGCGAUUAAGCAGGAGCACGGUUCGGCCACUCCGUCGCCGCCGCUGUCCGCGUUUUACCACCACUCCCAGCAGCAGCAGUCGCAAUUCCAGCCAAUAGGUGCUUCCCUGCCGUCUCCACCGGCGUCCGCAUCGGCGCUCGAGAGCAACGAUCCGCCGUCCCUGAACGGCACGACGACGGAACCCAACGGCCGCAGUAGUAGUAGUAACAGCAACCGUAGCAACAGUAGCAGCAGUAGCCGAAGUACCUCGGCAGGUGGCACACUUGCGGACGAAGGUGGGCGGUCUAUUAGUCCCACGUACAGCAACAGCAGCCACGGUGCGGAACCCUACGCAUGCUUACAAUGCUCCGCCUCAUUCCCGAAUCGUGACUUACUUGAGAAACAUGAGCUGCUGCAUGUACCUAACGCCCUGGUGAGCUGCAAGGUGUGCCACAAGCAGUUCGCCAACGUGUACCGGCUGCAGCGCCACAUGAUCUCCCACGACGAGUCGACGCUGCUGCGCAAGUUUAAAUGUACCGACUGUGAUAAGGCGUUCAAGUUUAAGCACCACCUGAAGGAGCACGUGCGCAUCCACUCGGGCGAGAAGCCGUUCGCCUGCACCAACUGCGGCAAGCGGUUCUCCCACUCGGGCUCCUACUCCAGUCACAUGACCUCGAAGAAGUGCAUCAGCCUGGGCUUGAAGGUGCCGACGAACAACAACAACAACAACAGCAGCGCGGUCUCCAACAACAACCACAGUCCAAAGUCCGGUGAGAAGUCGUCGAGUCGCCGGUCGGGAUCCGGGUACUUGCCGGGAGGAAGUCCCGCGGCAGCAGGUCUGUCCAACGGACAGCUAGCGAGUGGUCAGCACAGUCCGAACGCGUUCCUGCCGAUGUUACCCAAGUACCCGCACAAUUACGAAGCCAUGAACGCCGCCUUCCUAGCGUCGUUCCAGAACCCGUUCUACUCGAUGGCCGCACUUAACCCCGGAAACCCGGCCUUCAACCCGUACAGCAUACAGCGCCUGCUGGAGCUGUCGGCAGCGGGAGCCGCCGCCGCUCCUCCGGGUGCAGAAUCUAUGGAGUCGCUACUACUCAAAACCCAGCAGCAGCUCCAGGCCAGCGGAGAUCGGAAGUCUCCCCAUUCCGACGCCGAAGACAUGAUCGAGGAGAUCGUGGACAACGAUGACGAGGAGGAGGAAGAAGAGGAACCCAAGCUGGUCAUGGACGUCGAUGAUCCCGAGGAGGACGACGACGAAGAUGACCGGAAGGACAUUAAGGUUGACGACGAUGAGGACGAGGAUGAAGAGGAGGCUCGACGCGAGGAUCACCGAUCUGCGCAGAACUCUCCAGUUGCAGGCGACAAGACCCCCAACGAGUACCGCAACAUCCUGGACGACAUGACGCAAAAGAUCCUGGACGUUGCCCACCGAAUCUCCGCCGGAGGUAGCCCACUCGUGGAAGACAUCAAAACGGAACGCCCGGAGUCGACCUCCCCGGAGCUGAACAUCGACAAUGAUCGGCGAAGUCCGAGCCCCGUCGCUGAACAGCGUCCCGUCGAGAUCAAACGCGAAGGCAGAGAAGACGAAGACAUGAAGGAGUCUGAGCAACCGAAAGAGGAAGCCCCACUUCUCCAAUGUCAACAGUGUCGAGCUACGUUCAACCACCAAACCGAGCUGGUUCAGCACGAGCAGGUCCUCUGUCAAUCGCUAAUGUACCACCACCACCAGGCUGCCGCCGCCAACUACCUUCCCAUGAGCCAGAGCGGCAGCGAGGACGACUGCGAUUUCGACGGCCAAAAGUCCACCCCGUCGGAACGCAGCGGUAAGGUUCGCGUACGGACGGCCAUCUCCGAGGAGCAGCAGAACGAGCUGAAAAAGUAUUACUCCCUGAACAACAAACCCAACCGGGAAGAGUUCCAGCUGAUUGCGAAGCGAGUCGGCAUGGAGGCCCGCGUCGUGCAGGUCUGGUUCCAGAACAACCGCUCGCGUGAACGCAAAAUGGGCGGAAUGGGCAGUUCGGGAGUUCCACCACCAUCCCCGGCACCCGCCGUUGCGCCCCCUAGUCAAUCAUCCGAAGCGGAACAACCGCUGGACCUGUCAAUUCGCAAAUCCGACUCGUCUCCGUCGUCUUCCCCACACUACGGGACGGCUCCCCAGAGUCAGUCCGAGUCGGCCUCCGUCACGGCCGCCGCCGCUUUGCUGGACGAAGCGAUGAACCUCAGCCUCAAGUCUCAGUCCCGCAGCUCGACGCCGUACAAGGGCUUCUAUCCGUACCCACCGGCCCUCAUCCGUCAGACUCCAUCCCCGAACGAGCAGCAGCUCCGGGCACCUCCAAUGCCCGCCGGCUACCCGACGGCCCCAACCGCUCCCGUUUCGUUCGUCGGCAUGGACCGCCUGCUGCAGCAGUUCUCGCCGGAAAUGGCCCGCUCAGCCCCAAUUCGCGCCGACAGCCUCAGCCCGGGCUCGGAGAAGCUCGCGUGGCCGGCCAGCGCCGCCGCGUACGACGAGCAGAAGCUCCAGCUGCAGAUGCAGUCGAUGCUGACCGUGCCGAAGCGGGUGCUCUACUCGACGGCCAACGUUGCCGUCAACCCCAGCGCCGUCGGAAUCGGACUCGGCAAAGAACUGCCGGACGCCGAGGGCCAGUACGUGUGCGACCAGUGCGAUAAGGCGUUCAGCAAGCACAGCUCGCUUCAGCGGCACAAGUACGAACAUUCAGGCCAACGUCCCUACAAAUGCCUCGAGUGUCCGAAAGCGUUCAAGCACAAGCACCACCUGACGGAGCACAAGCGCCUGCACAGCGGCGAGAAGCCCUUCCAGUGCUGCAAGUGCCUGAAGCGGUUCUCCCACUCGGGCUCGUACAGCCAGCACAUGAACCACCGCUACUCGUACUGCAAGCCGUACAGGGAUGGCAAAUAAGAUGAGGACGGGGGACGGGAAGUUCCGUCCCCUGCCGCCGCCGCUGCCGGAAGUCUCUACCACCAGAACCCGCCCAUGUUUGGACAUCCGCCGGGCCGACCCGCCGGUCGAAGAGGUCGACGGGCCGGAACCAGGGGAGACUCUGCCCUGCCGGGUUAUCCGGGACCUCCACCCCCGCCUCCUCCGCCGCCACCUCCACCUCCAGUGAUGGGACCUGCCGGGCAUCCGGCACCACCACCACCGGGACCGUUUGGGCCACAUCCACCGUACUUUGACCGCCGGCUGCUCGUCGAUAGCUAUCUCAACUCGAGCUUCCUCGGCUACGGUGGAGUGCACUGAAGGUCCCGGAAUCCGGUUUGUACAUAGCUCAACCCGUUAGUUAGCGUUGAUUAUUGGUUAGUGUGUAACUCAAGCUCUUUUCGCGCGCGAUGAUGAAAGAUCGUACUUAAAAAUUCUGAACAACUUUUGAAACGUCAACGAACGAAUCAGUGAACUGAUCCCAGUUAUUAACUAUUGUUUUUGCAAAUCAAGUAUUGCCGGCAGGACCUGGAGUCCCGAAGUCGGCUGGAAAGUUUGAUACACACGUGAAAAGCAGAAGCUGUGCAUUUAAUCGAUUCUCAAAACAACAACAACAAAAUCACUCGAAAGCAGAGAAAACAUCUUAAGCAAGAAACUCGAAUCUCAUUCCCUUUUGCGCUAAGGUUUAUUUGUGUAGUGUCUAGAACUUAAUCUGUUACAUUUCUUGGAUUACUUAUUUCGCCACCAACCCCCCCAACUCCUAUAACGUUUAAGUGAUUUAGUGGUUAAGACACGCGUGGCUGGGCGCCCUGUGUGCGCACACCCGCAACCUGUAGAAUACUCUCUCUUGCUCUUAGCAAAGAACACGUGAAUUCAGUUGCCAUAUUUUGAGAAAUACGUCGCGCAGACGUAGUGAAUUUCGAAGAAAAUCAAACAACUAAAACGCGUUGAAUAAAAGGCUGGGUCUAGCAAUUUUUGUUUUUCAUUACUUUCUUUUGUUUCUAAAUUUAUUGAACUCUAAAUUAGGUGAACUAGCAAGCAAGGAGAACGAAAGGGAAGGAAAAAUAUACGCAUUUUUGGACCACACGGUGUUAACAAGACAAUACAAGUAAAAUAUAACCUUUAAAACAAAUGUAUUACAUAACAAUUCAAAAUUUUCUAUACUGCUACCGUAAAAAAAUCUUCCCCUCACUUUUCUUCCAAAAGCAAAACUAAUGUAUAUCUUCCCCCUUAACACGUACACAAACAAUUCACACCGUAUUCUAGCUAAAGCGACUAAACAAAAUAAAAUUGAGCCUGUUGAAUUAUCCUUUCUCGAAUCGUAAACAUAACCUAAAACACACUAGUUGGCCGAACUGCGCGAUGGGAAACUGUUCGGAACUUACCCGUCGCACAUUAGCUACUUCACUGACAAAUACACGAAAAGCUGUCACUUUUCUUCAUAAUUUCGGAUAUGAUUUGAAAAUUCGUUAUUAAAAGUCCACAAAAAUCACUUAAUUUGUCAAUCACACGUGAAAAGCUCGCGCACUUUCUUCAUCCCUUCACCACAGCUGUCAAACAAACACUAUACACUCAAAACGGGAAAGCGUCAAACUUUCCGUGCAUUUGUCCGUGUGCGCGCGCACACGCUAAAAAGGUUUCACCCAGGUUUAAACGCGAACUGACUCCGAACAGUUUUUCACGCGCUCCCCAAAGCAAAAAAUGCCAAAAAAAACAUUAUAUUUCUACUACCCCGCUAGCAGCGAUUAACCUUCCUGUACAUACUCUCAUGGGCAAAACCAGCAGUAAAACAAAUAGUGUAAAAUUACCUACCGGUGUAAGUGUAAUCUUAAGCUCUGUAAAAAUUUGUAACACAGAACACAAAUCGGCACACAGAGGCGCCGAACAGCGAAUGAAAAUAGUACAUCGAGUUAUAUUGUAAUAUUUUUUACACAAAAGUACAGCGAAGCAACGGAAAACAAGAGAGAAAGUGAGCAACAACGAAGAAGUGAAAAAAACUGUUGAUUUAGUAAAACGUAUUGACCCGCGGAGCGUGUCCGACUCUCGGCGAGGGAGGCUCGCACGCGGCGUAAAACUCAAGUGUCUUUUGAAUUAACAUUAACUUGAAUUACUAUUUUGAUUAUUACCUACUGAAUAUUAUUAUUGAGCAUACUAUUUAGUUAUUGAAUUAUGACUUAGGAAUCGUAAAAAGGAAGGAAAAAGAAAUGCAAGAAAAAAAACUAUAUUUAAAUGCUAAAGUACUGUUAAAUAUUUCUACGAAUAAUCAUAACUUUAAACAUUAAACUAACUCAAAUUGCAAACAACAAACAAAACAUAACACAGAUAACCAUUCCAGUAAAACGAAAAGAAAAAAAAUGAAGGUUACGCGAAGAAAGCUAAUUGACGGGGAGGCAAAAAUUAACGCAACUACUUUAGGCAAAUUACAGUUUAAAGCAAAUUCAUGUAAACUAGACGAAAUUGGUCUAACAAACUCGCAACAAACAACACAACAACGACAAAAUCUUGUUACCAGACAAUAAUAUUGAACAACAAAACAAACUUAACGAGAGAAAAAAAACAGCCCAACUCCGACAAGCGUUGCAGCGAGGACGCGAACCCCGACGCAGCAACGCUUACCAAAGCGUUUUGUUUUUUUUUUCGUUCACACGCGGCCUGCUUUGCCUUUUUUGACGAGAGAACAUUGAUUUUACCCUCUCGAAUGUCAGCGGCUAACUUUGAUGAAGCUUCUCAAAAAAUCUUUUAUUCGUUUAAUCACUUCUCUACAGGCAUGUUUUAUUUGCUCGUAACACUUAGUUUGUUUCGUCUCCUAGUGUUAGUUGUACAUUUUAGUUUAGGGAUUACUUUCAAUUUAAUUUUCUGUACAAAUCGCGUUUCCUAAUUUUCGGACACCCCCUUAAAGCUAGAAAUCCAAAGAAAACCCGUUCGUGCUUUUUCCGCUGGGGAGCACCCCUGUACAGAACCGCCCUCCCAGGCCCCGGAAAGAGACCCAACACGAACCCAGACAGAGGUAGAACCAAAGCCAAAAAUAAUUCGGAAAACCACUAGGUUUAAAAUUUAGUUUGUUAGGUUUACAAUUUAAAAAAAAAACACACACUUUUCUUAGUUGGUACCAUCCCGUUGAACAGUUGUAUUAA